UGCCGGCCCAUCUAGUAGUUAUUGGAUCACGCGUCCACGACGAACAUAUGGAACAGCCGCAUGCUCCAGUCGCGGCGGAGGCCGGCGCCGGCGCGGCGGCCGCCGGCGACGGUUACACCAUCCGGCCGCUCGAGCUCUCCGACCUCUCCAAGGGCUUCUGCGAGCUUCUCGCACAGCUCUCCCCUUCUCCGCCGCUCUCAGAGGAAGCCUUCCGCGCGCGCUUCGCCGAGCUCGCGGCGCUGGGCGCCGACCACCUGGUCCUCGUCGCGGAGGAAGCCGCGACGGACCGCCUCACCGCCGCGGGGGCGGUUCUGGUGGAGCGCAAGUUCAUCCGGCGCUGCGGCCUCGUGGGCCACCUGGAAGACGUGGUGGUGGACGCGGCCGCGAGGGGGCGGGGUCUCGGGGAGCGGCUCGUGCGCCGCCUCGUGGAGCACGCGAGAGGGAGGGGGUGCUACAAGGUCAUACUGAACUGCACGGCGGAGCUCAAGGGGUUCUACGCCAAGUGCGGCUUCGAGGAGAAGAAUGUCCAGAUGGGGCUCUACUUCUGAUCUAAGGUUCCACUUUAUCUGAUCACACUCCCUGUUUAUGUUGUCUUCGAUUGAUUAGUGGAUUUAUGAUGUGCGAUGGGUAAGAUCUGCAGGUUCGCCUGUUUCUUCAAAUAACUGUUUGUAGUUUCCUAUGUGAGCUAGUGGCCUGUGCUGCUUGUAAUGCAUUACCUCAGCAUAAUUGUGUGAUGUGUGACACGUUUAUCCGGUCCAAUUGUAAUGAAAUGUUAUCAGAAGUUACCUGUACACCCCUUACAGUUCCAAAUGAUCUCGUUGAGUAAAAGUAAUACUGAAUGACGUUUCAAUUU